UACUCUCUCUUCACGUCUCUCCGCAGUCCUCUCUCUUAGAAAAUGUUAUCCGGUUUUUGAUUUUUUUCAGAAGGGUUUUUAGGUUAAAGGAUAGUAGUCUUGUUUUUGUUUCAGAAAGGGCUUUACUUUCUUCAUCGAUUGCUACAUUCCUUGGGUGAAGUUGAAGAAAGGAAAGAGCUAUGGCGAAGUGCAGGCCCUUGGGGUUCUUGAUUAGCUUGCCUUUUGCAUUGCUUUCAUUGAUUCUAAGCCUUGUCGGUGCCGUUGUUUGGGUCAUCGGGUCUUUCUUGAACUGCAUUUGCCCUUGUUGCAUUUGUUGCACUGGAUUUGUCAAUAUGGCUGUAAGUUUGGUGAAGCUGCCUGUGAAGAUCAUCAGAUGGUUUACUGAUCAGAUACCUUGCUGAUGAUUCUUGGUAUUCUUGGCGCUUUCCUUAGCUCAUUUGGGAACCGCGGGGACAUUGGAGUGACCCCUUUAUAUAUAUAUUAUAUAUAUAUAUAUAUA